AACGUGACCUGGGCCGAUUUGGAGCGAGAAGGUCCAGACGGCGAAGGAAGCUACCCGCGCCCUGUCCACCUUCUGGUCGCUUUCCCGCUGGCAGUCGGCUUCUACGUCCUACGGUGGCUCUUCGAGAGGCCUGGUUCAGAUGUAACACUACAUCAUGAUUUAUUGCAACAUGAAUAAGCCACACACCUGCCUCCUCCCGUCCACUCCUUCUCUCAUGCUUCAGAGAAAGAAGUGCAGGAGACCACAUUCCAUCCACUCUCUGGACUGCUUUAUUGCCAAACCAUGUGCUUUGCGUCUUGGCAUUCAAGACAGUGGACCUUGCAGGGCCCAGCCCAGUGCAAUUCUGGAAAAGGUGUAUUUGUCUAUUAGUAAGUAUCCAGAUGCAAGAAGGUUAGAGGGCUUGUCAAAACAGCUAGAUUGGGAUGUCAGAAAAAUCCAGCGCUGGUUUCGUCAUCGAAGGAACCAGGAUAAGCCACGCACCCUCACAAAGUUCUGUGAGAGCAUGUGGAGGUUUAUUGUUUAUUUAUCUAUUUUUUCCUAUGGAUUUGUAUUUCUUUGGUCGUCACCCUGGUUUUGGGAUACAAAACAAUGCUGGUACAACUUCCCUUUUCAGCCCCUGUCAUCUCAUAUGUACAACUAUUAUAUCAUACAGCUGUCUUUUUACUGGUCUCUUGUGUUCUCACAGUUUACAGAUGUUAGGCGAAAGGAUUUCCUGAUUAUGUUUAUCCAUCACUUGACUGCAGUGGUUCUCAUCACCACCUCCUACAUUACCAACAUGGUGCGGGUAGGAGUCUUGAUCCUCUGCCUUCAUGAUGUAUCAGAUUCUUUCUUAGAAGUAGCGAAAAUGGCUAAUUAUGCCAAAUAUCAGCGACUGUGUGAUGCUACUUUCAUCUUGUUUACUGUAAUGUUUAUUGCUACCCGUUUGGGGAUUUUUCCUAUCUGGAUACUGAACACAACCUUGUUUGAAAGCUGGGAAAUCAUUGGCCCUUACCCAUCAUGGUGGUUUUUCAAUGGGUUUCUAUUAGUCUUACAACUUCUACAUGUCGUCUGGUCCUAUUUCAUCAUUUGCGUUGCCUACAAAGCCCUGGCACGAGGAAAGGUAUUGAAAGAUGAGCGCAGUGAUGUGGAAAGCAGCUCUGAAGGGGAAGAUGGGACUUCAAACAGCAGGAAAGGAAUCCUUAGCACUUCAAGCAAUGGUGCCAAUCGGAUUAAUGGCCACAUAAUGAAUGACCAACAGACAGAAGAGGAAUAAGGGGGUGGGAGGAGGCCUCCAGGGUAUACAGACUUGUGUUCACUUUUCUACAUACGUCAAGUUCCACAUUCUCAAGAGAUUUUUAAUCAAGCUGUUCCUCUGUCCCCAAGUCCUCCAGCAAAUCUGAAAUGGCCACAGAGCAGACAGUUUUGCACAAAAAAGCAAAAGCUGAUUACUCAUGCAAAAGCUAUUACCAGUUUCACUUGGGUUAAAAAAAAAGCCACUUUUAUUUAAUAAUAUUCCAUCUUAAAUAUUUUUGCUGAAGUGUGUGUAUGUGUGUGUGUUUGUAAGGGCAAGGGUCUUUUUGUUUGUUUGUUUGUUUAAGUCCACUCAAGCUUUGAGGGAACACGUUUGAGCUGGGCAAGUGGCGGUUCUGCUUCAACAAGUUUUGUCAGUGGUUUCUUAAUUGCACUUUAGAAUCUUUUGACAGUUUGGUCUAGUCCAACUUGAGAUAUUCUGUGCUUUUGGCAGCAAGAGCAAAAAUUGUGUUCUGAGAAACCUGGACAGUGCCACAGCUAGACACAGCAGCAGCCUGAUGAUCAGGGUAGAAAUUGUGAAAGAAUUUUAUAAUCUGCCAUUGAGAUGCCAUGUGCUUAGAAAGUUUUGUCUGCUUGUUGAGGGGGUGGGUGUGAAAAGAAGCUAGCAUUCAUUGUUAUUUUCAGAGUGGAGUGGCACCUACAAAGUCUUUCUUGUGAUUUCCUAAAAUCACCUGCUUUUCCUACAGAUCCUAUGGAUUUGAAGGCACAUAGGAGUUACAGAAACAAGUGGGUAAAUUUUGUAUGCUAGGAGAAUAGAUGCAGGUGGUCUGGUGUCCAUUGUUAACUUUUCCACAGAAGCAAGUUGCAGACUUGCCUGUGCAUUUUCAAAAGAGGAAUAAGCAUGCUGCAUGUAUUUCAGAAGCUUGUGCUGAGAGGUUGCGACACAAGAGCUCUUGGAGUGUUCUUUUCCCUCCAUUUUACUUAAAGGUACUUCAGGGGAGAUGGAAGACAGCAAAGUGGUGUUGUGACAAGGACUUUAAAAAUUCCUAUUAUCGUUUUAUACUAUUGUUUACUCUGAUUAAAAAAUUGCUUGAAGAAUACAAUCUGUGAAUUUUGAUUUACUGAUGACCACAUGCUAAACUUAUAUUUUGCUAACCUGUUUACUGUUGUCGUGUCUUACAGGAGUAAAUACAUGAUGCCCUGAA